AUGAAGGCCUUUCUGUUCGCUGUUCUUCUCACCCUACUCUUCCUCCAAACUCUGGCUGCACCCGUCACCACCAAUACCGAAGAUGCAACCACAAUCCACAAAAAAGAACACAACCCUCGCAACUCCCAUGGCUACAUGGUCAUCCGUCGAGGCAACAUCAUGCCGAGAGUCCGCAAGCUGCUUCCGUUUUUGAGCGCGUUUGGAAAUUUCGGGCAAUCCGGACACAAGAAAGGCGGUAAGACGCCUACCUCAAAGGCACCGGCUUGCUUUGAAUGGGGUUUUUAA